AUGGCAGAUUUCGACACUAACCCAACUUCGUUGUACAGCAUCAAGGGAAUCGUGAUUCUUGAUCAAGAUGGAAAUCGAGUCGUCGCCAAGUAUUAUGAUCGCAACACCUUCGGAACCGUGAAAGAGCAGAAGGCUUUUGAGAAGAGCUUGUUCUCCAAGACCUCUCGCAACACGUCUGCUGACAUCGUCUUGCUUGAUGGAGUGACCUGCUUGUACCGCUCGAACGUCGAUCUUUACUUCUACGUCCUCGGAUCAACUCGUGAGAAUGAGUUGUUCCUUGACGCAACGCUCACCUGCCUCUACGAUGCUGUUUCGGUGGUUCUUCGGAAGAAUGUCGAGAAGAAGGCUUUGGUCGAUGCCAUGGACACCGUUAUGCUCAUCAUCGAUGAGAUCUGUGAUGAAGGAAUUAUCAUGGAAACUGAUGCUCAGGCUGUUGUUCAAAGAAGUGCACUCAAGAGCGACGAAGUUUCUUUCUCGGAUCAAUCUGUCUCUCAACUCGGGUUCUCUUUCAUCGAAUCAGCCAACAACAAUUCAAAUGGUCGCUCCUCAAGAAAAUCAGCUAACGAGCGAAUGAAUACUGCCAAAGCACGAAGAGGAAGACGUGCGGGUAAUCCAGAAGAAGACGAGGAAGACGAUGAUACAGUCAGCAAAAUGAUAACCGAGUUCACAAAAUGCGAUCUACCCAGUCUUCGUGACUAUAUCUCUGAUAAGGAUUCAUCUAAAUUUGAGAAACAGCUAGAGAAUCUGGAAGAGAAAGAGUUUCCAAAAUGGAUGAUAUACCUAGCCUCUGGAUUCAAUAUUCUACUUCAUGGUAUCGGCUCCAAACGCCAAAUUCUCACAGAUUUCGAAAAAGAGCUAUCUCAAUAUACGUAUUUGAGAGUAGAUGCUCGGAAGGACGGUCUCAACAUGAAAGCUCUUCUGAAUGCAAUAAAUGAGAAUAUGAACCUCAAUUGUCCCGUAAAAAGAAGUCAAACCACGAUAAGCUGGGCAAGAGCCAUCAAAAGGAAGAUGCAUGGUCAACAACUGAUUCUCUUGAUUGACAACAUCGAAGCUCCAGAUUGGAGUAUCAGUGUCACAAAGGAUUUCAGAAAUGACCAAGAAGCACUAUGUGAACUUCUGGAAAAUCGAGAAUCUGUCAAACUAAUCGCAACUGUAGACCACAUUAAUUCAACUUUCAUUUGGAAUUCUCGUCAAGUAGCAUCUCUCUUUUUCGUUCAUAUAACUGUGAAUACAUUUGAAAUUCCAUUGCAAGAAUUGAUGACUGGAGAUUCUCGUCUUCUUGGUCUCGAUUCUCGUUCCAACCAAUCAGUUCACACAAUGUCUUCUCUUGAUGCUUUUUGGAAAUCUCUUGCUUCGAAUUCUCAGAAGCUGUUUCGUCUCUUCUUUCAAAUGUACUUCGACGCCAAGAAGCCUGUCAAAUUUUGGGAUUUGUUCAAUGCUGCCAAAGACGACUUUAUCGCGUCUACAGAUUCUGCUCUCCGCACUCAACUAGUCGAAUUCAAAGAUCAUCGUGUUCUGAAGUGGACCCGUGGAGAUGAUGGAAACGAUCAGCUGUCCGGAAUAGUUGAAUUGAAAUUGGUUACCGAAUUUCUCGAGUCAAAGAACAUGCCGUUGGAUGAAAAGAGGGACGAGUAG